AUGCACGUGGAAGCGCAAGCCAGUAUACCUUCUGCUCCACCGUCUCGCACUGGAUUCAGUUCUAGCAGGCGAAUGGAUCAAGAUACUGUUGUGCGGUUGGACAAGGACAAAGACGACACCCUACUGCAGAGCGCUCAGGCGAAUCUCCGCAGAGAUACAACUUCACCCAUUGGUUCUACAGUCGCCGGUUCUGAUUCAGAUUGCGACUCAGAACCAUGCUUCGAGUCUGAUGUGGAGUCAGGAAGUGACUCUGAUUCUGCCUCCAGCGAUGAAUCUGUACAGGAUCCGGCCGAGGAUGACCGUUGUACCGAUAGGGAUUUCUAUAACCAACUUAUCACACGCUACGAGCAUGAAGGACCGACAAUGGCCAACCGGGGCGACGUGGCCCGCAGUAUGAUACGCUCGGCAGCAAAGAACUGGGACAAGUUCUGCACUUCCAUCGAGCGCCAACCGGCGGACGCGACGCUCAAGCAGUGCUCCGCUCCCAUAUUCAAAUCCUAUCUGCACUGGAUCUGCAAGCACUCAAGAAUCAAGAAGGAAUCAUCAAUUACGACGUACUGGAAAGUCCUUAGCAUGUACUAUUGCGAUGAAACAAAACAGUGGAUGGAAAACGCAGUCUUAUACGAUAUUGGGAAUUGGAUCACGGCUGAGCUAGCGCCCGAGUUCAGUCUAGAUAACUCGACAAAGAUCAAGUCCGGCCUCUAUGUCACAGAUCUGGACCUCAUACUGCACCACCAUUGGGUUCUCGAUGAGCACCUGUACCCACAUGAGCGAGUCCGGACAAACCUGGCAGCUAUUCUGGUCCUGGCUGGUGCGACUUCAACACGACCCGGUGCCCUCAUAGAGAACCUGCGCUACAGAGACGUCAAAUUUCAAGUCUUCAAGCCCCUCCCAGGCAGUAAGCGAGCGCGUCUUGGUAUGGUUGUGACCCUGACCAAGACGAAGAGAAGUAGUGGCAGAUCACGGCGCAAGGAAUACGGAUUCCACGAAGAGCCCACCCUCCUGCACGACCCUGUCUUGUACAUGCUGAGCCUGGCCUUCGCCGACGGGGCUUUUCUGAACGAUUUACAGGCGCCCGAGGAGAUAUAUGAGCUCAAAGUGCCGGGCAAUGCGGACCGAGUGGUACUUCCGUGGAAGCCUGAAUGGCUCGACAGACCGGUGUUCCGAGCUGUGCAGGGCCGCGGGAACAGCGCGAAGGUGGCCCUCGACAAGGCUUUUCAGUAUCAAAAGGCUCGUGCAUCCCUGAUACGUCUCGGCCGGGCACUAGGAUUUGAGAAGCAGCUUGAGUGGUACGAUCUCCGCCGGGGUUCCGGCAAGAAGUUAAAUGAGGCGCUCACUCCGGAAGAACGUAACCACAGCAUGGGGCAUUCUGUGGGGGAUUCAUCGACGUACCAGCGCUUCUAUAUGCCCGACUAUAACGAAGUCGACUUCCAAGAGAUCGUGUUCGGCAGUGAGCCGCAGCGCGAUCUGAUACACCUGAUGGGCAGGCUCCUCCGCCACGGAGAUGCCCCAACGAGCCUUAGCAAGGAGCAGAAAGCGGAGGUCGACAGUGAUCCAAAGCUAAGAAGUCUUCGCCGAAAACGGGAAUCAGUCGUAGCCCUGAUGAAGCGGAAAGGAUGGACGAUCAAGAAGCUGAAGGCAACAGUCAGUACAACGCGGCGCAGUGAUGCUCGCGGGGAGUACAAGACAUAUGACGAGUACCAACGAUAUAAUAAGAAGAUACACAGCUUGAGGCAAAAUCUUCAAGCCCGGCGACUGGCCCGUGCCAUUCGAGAGUUCCACGGUUCGAUACACGGCCAGGAGAUCAGUCGGCAACUCAAAGGCGUUCAGCCGUCGGAAUACCUCGCCCCGCCGAACUUGCGCUAUCAGCUCCCGGCGCGGGGUGUGGUGGCCAAGCUUUUCUCAAAGGUCGUCGACUCCUCGAACGGCGAAGAGAUCUUCCUCCUGCGGAUGAGACUAGUCAGGGAGCUUGCACUGCUAAGUAAUCAAAGCGAGUCUCCCCCUGGCCGUAAGUCAGGCAGUGUUCGCCAGUCGCAACUGUCCCGUCGCCCGGUAGCUCUCAGCAAGGAGAAUACUGCAAGCUCGCCUGGGCCGGAUACAACGGCCAACGUGACCAUUAAAAAGAGCGACGUACUUGGAGUUGCUACUCUUGCCUGCCCCCUGUGCCGAGUUCAAGAGAACUAUGAGGACCUCCUCGGGCAUAUGAGGGCCGUGCAUGGCCGAGAGGAGUCGGUUGUAUUCAGAU